AUGGCCUCGAGAAAAUUAGUCGCUCGAUCUCGGCUCAAUCAAGAAUCGUCGCCUGCUCGCUCCCGUCAACGCCACUCUGAAGCCGGUACUCGUCAAUCCAUGGUCCUCCCCCCCUACCAGCCACCAAGUUGUGCCCUCACACCCUCAGCAAAGCGUGCGCUAGAGGAGGUCGCCUUGAAUCACGAUUACUCCAAAUACAAAAAACAUCUGCAAAUCUCCAUUAAUCUUGUAACCGAUGCGGCGGUAUCAAGCAACGACCGACUUGCCGCCCGGAAAGAACAAGCGCGCAAGCAGGAGGAGAAGAGGAAACAAGCGGGCUUAGAGGAUGAAAAGAAAACGGAGGACGAGAUCGAAGCCGCGCAAUACGUGCAAAGCUUGGAUAAGAGGGUUGAUGAUGUGACGACCAUGGCGGAAAAGGCGCUGAGAGAGCUGAUAGAUUAUGGUGAUGAACUUGCCAUGCAAGGCACACUUAUGAGGGAGGUUGGGGAGAGGAUUGAGAGGGCUCCUGCUCCACGAAGACGAGGGCUUGGGGAUGGUGCUGAUGAGGAGGAAGAUGCCAAUACGCCCGCUGCGGAAGCUGAUGUACUCAGUCCCGUUGAGCUCCUGAAACAGGCGAGAGACGCGUACGAGGCGAAUUAUAGGUCGAAGAGUAUGAAAUUAAGGUACGACGUGAACGAUUACAGAAACUUCAAACGUACUGUCCACGAUGCACAACAUCCCGGCCCCGACGCACAACCCGUCCCUCACGCAAGCACAUGGUUCCCAGAAGACAACAAUGCCAGUGCGACUCCCGGCUCUCGCAGGCGCCGCCGAAACAACACCACAGAUAACAUAAAUAACGAAGACGAUGAUGAUGACGACGUUGUCAUCCAACGAGCCACCACCUCACUCAAGGACAUCUUCACCCUACAAUACUUCAAGGACCCGGUCACCUCGAACGUCUGUAACCAUACGUUUGAGGAGGCUGAGUUUUUGAGAUAUCACGCUUCCGAGGGUGCGGCGUUCGGGCCUUCCAGUCAACGUGCGAGAGGACGAAUGGCGGGACCGAAGAAAGUUAAAUGUCCGCAGAGUGGCUGUGAAGCUAUGCUGGAGCCGAGUGAUUUCUAUGCCGAUCAAUUAGUCAAACGACAAGUCGAGCGCGCUAAAAGACUUGAAGCUGCUGGUGAUGAGGAUGUAGACGAGUACGACGGGACCCAUCGCAGCAGAGCAGAGGAAGCCGGUAGUGAUGAUGACGGCAUCGAUAUCGAUGGUUAG